GAAGUGCGAACCCACCACACUAUCUAUGUAGGUCGAUAAUUCUUACCACUUUUUAUAAAUAAAAUUCAUAGUCGAUACCUAAUCGUACAACGUAUGCCCCGAGAAAAAAUCGAAAUCGAAAAUUCAACCGAUUCAAUUCAAAAUUUGAUCCUUUUCGAAUGGAUCGUGUAUGCUAACGGUCAUGAAUAAAAGUGGCAACGUUGCUUUUCGCUUGUUUAGGUUGCGGUGUUGCAGAUACUCGAUGAACGGGUAUCACAGUGUAUCCUCGUUUCUGGCAUUUAUCGCAAAUAUAACGUAUUUUUAUAAGACAAAGAACAUGUGCAUCACUGAUUGAAGACCGUCAGCACUAUAAUUAAUGGAUAAAUGAUGUAGCCGCAAUAAUAAGAAAAUGCUACUUCUACGACAUGAAAGUUAAUAUUAAUAACAUACAGUAUUAAGUAACGUAAAGAUAGGGCAGAAGUGGGGGAAACCGUAAAUGUGACCUUUUUGUAACUUCAAGUGUUCGAUCGACUUAAAAAUGAAAGAUUAGAUUUUUACUGUGCGCGUCGCUGCCUAUGUGAACGUGUCUAACGUAAAAACAUUGUAUAUUAGAAUUUAUUUGCUUUACUUGAUUAGAAAUUGGUUUACUUGGGGGCGAAUCAUGACGCCAUAUUGGACGACGUCGUGUGUAAUCGUCGAAUUUCGUGAGGACGCAUGUCGGGGCCUAUGUUCAGCUGUACUCGUUCAAUAGACUAGUCUACCGACAAUCCCGCCUUUCUGAACAUAAGCUUCCAUAGUUGAAAUUGUAUUUAUUUGGUAGUCUUUUAACGUGGUUGCCCAUUCAUGAUAUUUGUGUUGUGUAUUUCUGCUUGAUUUCGUAUUAACUAGAUUUGUUACUUGUUCGAAUCUUUGGGUUUUAAUUAUGUUGGUGACACGACAUACGAAUUUUAUAUUUUCUGUAUUAUAUAUUUUUUUAGAGUGCUAUAAAUAAAAAAGCAGACGAUCAUUUUCACUAAGUAAUCAACAAUAUAGAUAUCUAUUAAUUUGGACAAUAGGGUACACGUGUAAUACAGUAAAUGUUAGAUAUACGGUUUCAGUCGGCCAUUUCUGUUAGUUGAGUACUUAUGGGCCAGGGACGACUUAUGUUGGCGCGUCAUCGAGGGGCCCAAAUUGUUUAUCCUUAUUUAUACUAAAAGAGAACUUAAUUCUGUAACAUAAAUCAUAUAAAUCGUGAUUAAAACGGUGCAAUAACUUUAUACCCAAAUUAUAUUGUUAAUACAAUUAUGACACCCAGUGGAUUACAUUGAUUUGGAAAAUCCAUCAGAAAAUAUUAAAUUUCGGAGAUAAAUGGGUGACCUGUGACAUUAUCUUGCAUAUCUUACCUUUUUUUACGAUGGAGGCUUUAAGAAGUGAUUCUGUACAUACAACUGAGUCUAUACAUUCAUUGUCUUGUAUCAAUACACAUCAUAUUGAUGAAUUAUCAAAAGAAAAAGAAGAUGAGCUAUUAUAUGGAGGUGAUGAUGGUGAUGAAGAAGACGCACUUUCGGAUGAUAGUAUGCGUUUAAGAUUGUCUGAUGAUGAUGAGGCUGAGCCAGAUGAUAUUUUAACAUCUGUCUUAGAUAACAAAGAAGAUAAGCCAAAAAAUAAAACAAUUGAAGUGACAUGUGAAAACAGUAUAGAUGUACAAGCUUCUCCUGUUCCUGAAAAAAAUGAAAUGAAGAAUAACACAACUCCUUCGAGGGAAAAAAAGGAAGAGGAACAUUGUUCAGGUAAUGUUUCCAUGGGUGACAAACUAUUAACACAUCAUGCAAAGGAUACCAAAAGAAAUAUAAAUGGAUUGAUGAGGCCACAAAUGAUUAAUGUCAUGCCUCGUUAUCCAUGGCCAAAUUAUAAGUUUCAAUGGAGGUUUGCAAGUACCCCCCGUGCUCGCUUUCCCUAUAUUGAUCAUUUUCGUUAUAUCAGGCAUCGGUAUUUGACACCUAGAGGACAAUUUAGAAAUCCAUAUGAUUACAAUACUAGAUUUCACAAUGCAUUUGUUCCUUUUGAAAAAGGAAGAGACAAUGGAAUGUUUAAUUCAUAUAACAAGUUAAUGUAUUAUAGAGAACAAACGAGAGCUUACAAACCUUCUCCUAUGAAGAGAUUUAAUACUAAAAGUGAUGUUGACCAAACUGUUAUGUCUCCUUCAGAUGCAAACAUAUCUUCAAGAACUGAAGCUGAUACCAGUAUCAAGGAUGAAAGCUGUAUUGAUAAAAAUAUUGAAACAUGUAGUGAAUUAGUUAUCAAAUCUUCAAUCAGUAGUAAACAAAUUAAUGAUGAUUCAAGUAAAUUACCAAAUGAAAUUUUGAAAAAUGUUAAAACUGAAGAUUUGAACAAAGAAACUUUGUCUGACACUGUUUGUGUCAGUAACUCUUUGGUAUCGGAGCAUGAAACAAAAAUUGUGCAAGGGAAUACAAUGAUACAAUCUAGUGAUGUAGAAUGUAAAAAUAAUAAAUCUAUUAAUACCGAUACUUCUAAUGAGUCCUCUAAUAAAGAAAUUACAAAUUCAUUAAUAAAUUCCCAGGAUGACAAUAAGGAAAGUAUGAAAGAAAAAGGAAAUACUGAAACAGGUAAUUCACAUUCUGAUUGUAAUGAUUUACAGAAUUUUGACAAUUUUAAUAUAUUGGAAAAAUUAUUAACCAAAGGCCCAAAAAAUUUGUCUGGUGAUGAAGAUGUCAAAUUUAUUGAAGGGAAUAAUGAAAAUAAUAAAACAAAGGAUGUCACGGUUAAAACAACAGCCACUUUGGAUCUAAGCGAAAAAAAAGGAGCUGAACAAAUUCAUCAACCAGAAAAUCAUGAACUUGAUGCAAAUGUUAAGAUAACAAAAUCAAUGAAAAAUGAUUCAAUUGAGGGAAAUACAGUAAAUAAUGAAUUAGUAAUAAAAGAAAAAGUUGAUUCAGUAAUUGAUAAAUCAGAAGAGAUUUUAAAAGAUGAAAAUGAUGUAUCUAUGCAAGGUGUGCAAUCAAAUGAAGAUAUUGAAACUCAUGUCUCUAAACCGAACAACAUUAUGCUAAAUGACUUAAACAACAGAGAAAGUGAUAAGAACACUGAUAUAACACAAAAUAAUAUAUUUGAAUCACUUGUUAAUGGUGAUAAAUGUGAUAAAGAUCGAUUAAAUGAUAGUGAUAAUAGUACAAAUUCUUCUAAACUACUACAAUUGCUUGUUUCUGAUGAUCAUGCAAUUAAGUCUAAGCUUGAUCUUCAAAAACAAAAUAGUGUUACUGAAGAAAAUAUAAAAUCUGUAUACAAAGGAAACUCUAUAGUAAAUUCUACCAGUAAGACAUCAUUACAAACUGAAAACACGUCAUCCACAUUGGAUGAAAAUAAUUUAUCUAGCGUCAAAUCACAAAAUAGUUCAUUAGGUUCUAUUACUAAUGUAAUAGAUGGUGAUAAUAGUGAAAAAAGCGUUCUUCAAGUUCCAGUAACUACUCAAAGAAGGAGAAGGCGAACGAAGAAAAUGAUUGCAGCAGCUCAAGAAGCUGUUUCUGAAGAAGAUAAGCAAGUUAGAGAAAGUGGAAGGCAAAAGAGGAAAACUGCUAAGAAUGCAGAGGAAAUCAUUCGAAAGAAAUUCCUUAAUCAUGACAGUGAUUUAGAAUCAAGUGAUAGUUCAGAAAAGUUUGUAAUUGUUAAUCAUAAAGUAAAUCAGGAUGCGCGUUCUUUAUCUCCGCCGUCUUUGAAACGCAAUUGUUCCGAUCUGGAUAAUAUAACAAUGAAUGGUAGUGUUAAAAAGAUUAAAGUAAACUGUGAUUCGCUAUCCGACGAGUCAGCAUCGAAAGAAAAUAUUAAGAAACUCGAUUACGUUCAUAAAUUUUUCCAAAGGGAUCUGAAGGAAAAAUUGCCCAAGUUGACGCAAGAAGAACUAGAAGAGCUACUAAUACAGAAGAUUGUUGAAACUAUUACAAUGCGCGGUGAAAUUGGUAAAUUGAGGGAGCAAGCUCGUAUAUCAGAAAGAAAUCAAGAAGUAACACGUGCAAAAUGUCAGCAAUUGGCGAAGCAAAUUAAAGAUUUCGAAAUGGUUUUAAGUCGUAAUGCCGCAGAUCGACGCGCUAAUAAUGAUAAACCUAUUCCGCCAAUUAAAAUCAAUAGAUCUGUUGGAUUGCAAGUUAAUUUUAUAACUGAUCACGGAAUACAAAAUUUGAGACAAAUGCAGCAGAAUUCUAAUCUAAAGUCUGUAAAUGUUUCAAAUAACGGUAACGCAUUAAAUACGUCUGGUAAUGAAAUGAAUAGUUUAACAAGUCCAAGGAAAGGAGUCAAAGUAAGAUCUCCAAGGCGAUCUGAACCGGUAACCGGUCCAGCUGCUGUGAUCUCGCAAAAUAGUACGCAGCCUCCGAACAUUAUGCCUACUAUAACUCCUGCAGCUUUAGUUGUAACUAAGCCUGUGGAAGUACAGCAUACUUUGCAAUUACCUAAUCAGUCUAACGUUCAACAAAUGAUAUCUAAUUCACAAUUGCCACCACAACAACAACAACCACAGCAAACUAUAGUUCUAAAUGGAAAGUUUUCGAAUCAGUUGAAUCGCCAGAAUACUACUGUGAAUGUUUCGAAACCUAGAACCAAUGAUCUAAUAGAUCUUACGGAUGAAGAGGAGAAAAGUAAAGGUGCUACCAGCCUGCCGGUAGUCACAACUACGAUCACCGAUCAACAAAUAAGUUUAGCACAAAAAACACAACCCUGUUUCCAAAGGGUAAUUCAAACGAUCCCCGGAAAUGUAGCUAUAACGAAUCAGCCACCUAGCAUAAGAGUAGUACAACCUGCUAGCCAACCAACACCUACUGCCUUAGUAAAUAAUAUGAACGCCCCCCGGUUAGCAUACGUAAUGCAAAGUGGCGUAGGUACGACGAGACAAUUAUUAAUAGCACCAAAUACUACAACGAUACGGCCAGUAACUUCCUGUAACAGAACAUCAUUUUCGACUCUGACUUAUAAAACUGCAGUAUCGACAGUGGCAAAUGGAACUGUUAGAGUUCUAACAACAUCAGCACCUUCAAAUAUACAGUUGCAUAAGCAUCCUGCUCCCUUACCGGAUACACGAAAUUACGUUGGAAAUGCUGUGUGGAAGUUGCCACCACCAGCUCCGUCAUUGAAAAUUUCUAAGGUUGCAAAUGGUAUUGUAUUAUCCUGGAAUAUGAAUUUAUCUGAUAAAUACGCAGAUAUUGCUAGUUAUCAACUAUAUGCCUACCAAGAAGUUGCUGGUAUUCCACCUAAUACAUCAUUAUGGAAAAAAGUAGGAGACGUUCGAGCUUUACCACUGCCUAUGGCGUGCACUCUUACGCAAUUUUCCGAAGGAAAUAAUUAUUACUUCGCAGUCCGAGCAGUUGACACACAUUCCCGAAAAGGACAAUAUAGUAUACCUGGCAAUAUUUCUUUAUAAAAUAUACGACCAACAUUAAAUUAUUGUUUUUAAUCUUACUUUUAACGCACAGUUGUAAUGUAACAAGUCAUGACACAUAUAACAACAAAUUCCAUGCAGUCUUCUAAAUCAUCAUUUACGUUGUCAUGUCUAUUGCAUAUAAGAUAGAUUUAACAAGAAAUUUCAGAAGUAUUUGUACUUGAGAAGUAUGCUGUACGUAGUACACGUACAAGUGAAUUUAUUGUGCAGUAGUAAGUAUUUGUUUAAUUAUAAGUGCAUAUUGUUCUCGAAUUGUUAGUGACUUCGAUUACGAAUACAGCUACACAUAUUUUUCUUGCUCCUUUUUAUACGCCUUUUAAUUUAUAAAAUCAAAAAAUUAUGAGGAUAUUACUUGUGACAAUGUAUAGUUUAUCAUUCUGUCUUUGCUUAAAAAAUUGCAAUAUACGAGUUUUUUAUAAAAUUUGCGUGCCAUGUUUCAUGAAGUAUUAUUCACGUGUCAUCCAGUAGUAUACAAUAAUUAAGUAUAACAAUAAAUGUUUUAAAUUCUGUAUAUUCAAAAUGAUAUAUACAUAUAAAAAAAGAAAUUAAUUACAGUAAUGUGCUGGUAAAAAUCUAUGUCUGUACAAAGUACAUAACUUACUCUAGUCAACAAGAAUUUCUUUAGCAAUUAUUUUGAUAUUCAUAACUCGUAAAGACUGCUAUGAUUAAAGACAAAUACGCAAUUGCUUAAAAGUCUGAUAUCGAUAUUAUUCACUGAAGGUGUUCAUCAAUGUUGCUUUACGUUACUUAUUAAAUAACGCCUGUUCUCAUUUGUUUCAUUAACUUCAAUUUACUCCUAUUGUUAUUUUAUAGACAAGUCUUGCUGAUACAUAAUUUGCUCAAUUUUUUAUACAUUUGUAAUAAAUUUAAAAUGUUGAACAAUGAUAUACACUGUGCAGAUUUCUCAAUUAUAUAUAUAUAUA